GAGGAGAGCAACGCAGGCAGCAGGUCGGCAGGUGCCCGCCCCCGCAGCCGAGCCGCGCGGGGUGGCUUAGCUAUAUAAUGGCACGCGCGCGCCUCGCCUCUCGCUCGUCAAGUAUAAUCCUACACGUCUCAGCUGGCUGCCUCCCGUCCCGCCGGCCUCGAGCCCGUUCGCGUCCCUCUCGCCCGAGAGACCAUGGCGGCCGAUUCGGGCAAGAGGCCGUCCAGCACCGCCGACGGCAGCAAGGCGCCGCCGCCCAAGGCCUCCGACUCUGGCAUCACCAAAAGGAUCCCACGCCUGGCGUUCGUGUUCUUGCUGGCGCUGCUGUACCGGCAGCUCCAGGCUCCACCUCCGAAGAUCCCUGGAACACGGGGCGGCCCUCCGGUGACGUCGACUAGAAUCAAGCUCGAGGACGGGAGGCACUUGGCCUACCACGAAUCCGGCGUCCCCAAGGAGGAGGCGAAGUACAAGAUCAUCUUCGUCCACGGAUUCGACUCGUGCAGAUACGACGUGCUCCAAGUCUCACCGGAGCUGGCACAAGAGCUGGGCAUCUACCUGCUCUCCUUUGACCGACCUGGGUACGGUGAGAGCGAUCCGCACCCGGGUAGGACCGAGAAGAGCAUCGCGUUCGACAUCGAACAACUCGCCGACAGUCUGGAGCUUGGCCCCAAGUUCUACCUCACAGGGUUCUCCAUGGGCGGCGAGAUCAUGUGGAGCUGCCUCAAGUACAUCCCGCACAGGCUUUCCGGCGUAGCCAUCCUAGGCCCUGUGGGCAACUACUGGUGGUCCGGGUAUCCCGCGAACGUGUCCUGGGACGCCUGGUACGUGCAGAUCCCACAGGACCAGUGGGCCGUCCGCAUGGCGCACCACGCCCCUUGGCUCACCUACUGGUGGAACACCCAGAAGUUCUUCCCGUCCUCCAGCGUCAUCGCCUUCAACGCCGCUAUCAUGUCCAGAGAAGACAUGGCCAUCCUCCCCAAGUUCGCCUACAGAACCUACGCCCACCAGACGAGGCAGCAGGGGGAGCACGAGAGUCUGCACCGUGACAUGAUGAUCGGGUUCGGCAAGUGGAGCUGGAGCCCGCUGGAGAUGGAGAACCCGUUCCCGGGCGGCGAGACGAAGGUGCACCUGUGGCACGGCGCCGAGGACCUCAUCGUGCCCGUUGGCCUGUCGCGGUACAUCGCCGAGAGGCUCCCGUGGGUGCAGUACCACGAGCUGCCCACGGCCGGGCACCUGUUCCCCAUCGCCGACGGGAUGGCCGACGUCAUCGUCAAGUCGCUGCUGCUCGGGGACGACUGAUAUAGUAUAUGUGUGUGUCCACCCUGAGUUUUUUCGGUGUAGUAACACUCUUGUAGUGGAGUGGAGUGAUUGCUACUACACUCUUGUAGCAGAGUCCUAUAGAGAAAUAAUAAUAAUAAUUUAUGAUGAUGAUUAUUAUGAUCGUAGUCACUGAA